CUCUUAGUGAGUCUUGAUAAGGGAGAACUGAUCUGUGCCAAUUAGCUUAAGUUUAAUGUGGAAUGCGGAUGCUUAGGUAAUUUUGUUACCCGGUGGGUGAGGUCAACUAUCUUUGAUCAAGGAUGAUGAAUAUUUAUAUGGAUUUGUGAAAAUUGCAAUGAAAUUUAUUGGUCUACGGGCCUUGAUUGAUGGGUAAAAAGAUUAGUUCUGUAACCAUUCUCAUCCAAAUUUCAUCAAGCCUUUUUUUUGUUCUUUGAUAUAUUUAAGAUAGAUGUGCUUUCUAGUUUCUACUACCUGUCUACUGAAUUGUUGUAAACAGAAGUUUAGAUUACUAACAACAUUUCCCUUUCCAGAAAACAUUGGCAGUACUGAUUUUGUUGAGAAGGGAACAGAAACAGUUGUUUUCAGAACCUGCCUUCAAGAGAGAAACCAAGUGGUUUUCCAAGUUGGGACCUCAGAUGCAGUCAGGGCUUUGAAUGCUGCUCAACUAGUAUGUAAAGAUGUUGCUGCAAUAGAUGUCAAUAUGGGUUGCCCCAGGUCAUUUUCCAUAAGCGGUGGCAUGGGUGCUGCCCUGCUGAGAAAGCCUGAGCUCAUUGCUGAUAUUUUGACAACACUAAGGAGAAACUUGGACAUUCCAGUCACGUGUAAAAUCAGACUGCUGAAAUGCCCUCAGGAUACAGUUGAACUAGCCAGGCGAAUUGAAAAAACUGGCGUUUCUGCUGUUGCUGUUCAUGGAAGAAAAGUUGCAGAUAGACCAAGGGAUCCAGCUAAGUGGAACGAGAUUGCAGACAUUGUAGCUGCAUUAUCUAUACCAGUCAUAGCAAAUGGUGAUGUCUUUGAGUAUGGUGAUUUUGAGCGUAUCAAAGUUGCAACAGGUGCCACAUCGGUAAUGGCGGCAAGAGGAGCUCUAUGGAAUGCCUCAAUUUUCUCGCCUGUGGGGAAAUUAGAUUGGGAAGAUGUUAAAAGACAGUAUGUUCGAAAAGUAGAGUAUCCUAUGGGACAAUGACGUGAAAAGCACAAAGCACACUUUGAAGGAAAUGAUAAUGCAUUACUCUUGCCUUGAACUCCCUGAAGGAAAAGAUGUGAUAAAAUCAGAAACAUUGGCAGAUAUAGCGCGACUUUAUGGAGAGGAAAAGUAUUAUCAGUUCGUCAAUGAAAACAGGACUAUGCUCAAUGGCGGACAUAGGCAGGGGAAGUUUAUGGUUGCUCCUGAGAUUUGAUGUCUUUUACCCUUCGUGUUCAUUAUAUGAGUCGCUUGUUAAGAAUUCAUUGUAUCAAGAGUAUACAAUGAAAGCCCAUUUUGACUGUGCACUAACCUCCCAGGAAGAAGGUGAUUAAUGCAUGCCUUUUGUUGGGCCAUUUGUAGUUGUACAUUGACACUGCUGCUGCAUCAUCUGAUUUAUCAACAUUCUGUUUGAAGAACUGCAACGUCAUAAUACAGACUUACAGUCCAGAGGCCAUGUGGGCACUGUUUCGUGCUCAACAUGGUCAUGUUGUCAUACUCUUAUCUCACUGCCAUAUCCAAUGAUUUUAGAACUGACA